AUGUCACAAGAAAGACUUAACGGAUUGGCGUUGAUAGCAGUUGAAAAUGAUCUUUUGGAGACAGUAAAAUAUGAAGAUUUGGUUGAUGAAUUUGCUUCAAAAAGUGUUAGGAGGAAGGCUCUUUUUAAGUAG